UUGAAUACUAAUUCCAUCUGCAACAAUUAUUUCUUUAUUUUUUUACUGGUGCAAACUUGAAAAAUCUGUGUGCCUAUUCUUGUGAAAAAGGUAAUUAAAAGUGCAUUGAAAAUGGAUGCCAAGCCAAAGUUAAUUCGAAAAGCUCAGCAAAACACCAACGCAGUCAGCAGCACAAGCAGCAAGAGAAGAAGCAGCUUCAUCUGAAGAUGCUCAAGUGGGCUGUCAACCAGCCGCGUCCUUCCUACCUGGAGGGGGGCAAAGCAGUCCAAGCUGUCCUUGGCAGUGGCAUCGACUACAAUGACUUUCAUGCGGCAGCCCCAAUUCCAAUUCCAACUCCAAUUUCGAUUGGGACUCCUUUCCCCACUCCACAGGCGACUCCUGCAGGAUUAGCGCAGCAGCGCUUCAAGCUGAAGAAGCGCAAUUCUCUGCUGCCUGCUUUAAAUUUGGGCAAGGAGAAUCAGUUGACUUCGACGCCGCUGCCCGCUGCUGCCUCUACAGUCUCCUACUCAGCCUCCGCCUCCUCCUCCUCGUGUCCGCGCACGCCCCUCCUCCGGGAUCUCAGCAACAUCAUGACUCCAGCCACGCCCACCACAACAGCUCCUCUGCACCGUGCCCGGAGUCAGUUGAAGCCAACAACGGUCUACGCCUCCACGUUGCCCACCUUCGAGGCGGAGUUCUCGCCCAGCUACGGACUCAAUGGGAACAACAACAGCAACAACAUCAUUCCAGGCCCACUGCUGGCGCUGCGUGGAAUGGGCAUCCCGGACAGCUAUUUCGAGAAGCCACGCUACCUGGAACAGAAGCCACUGCCACAGCUGCCAGCCAGAACUGUUGGAGCAGCUGUUGCUCCUCCUCCUACUCCUGCUCCUGCUCCUGUUGCUGUUCCUGCUCCUGCUGCUCUCCUUGAGCAGACAACGCUCAGCUCGACUCAAAUGGGCGAUGUCACCUUGGAGCGGAUGAUCGAUGCCAUUCUGGAGAGCACUCGUAAGGCACCCGUGGCCAGUCGACCAGGUGCUGCUCCUUCCCUUCGCAGUUGCCAACGCCUGCGUCAACGCCAGCGUCAACAUCAUCGCCAGGAGCAGCGUCUCAUCUCGACUGCAAGGACGGUCGUCCACUCGCCCACCUAUCGACCCGCCUUCGACCCGGCCAGCGAUCUCUGCGAGUACUGGCAGCCAGACGGCUACCAGGAGCGAGAAGUGCGCUCCCCGCAGCAACAGCAAGAGCAACAGGCACAGCUACAGCCUCCGUCUGGGUCUGGAUCUGGAGGUGGAUGUGGAGUGGGGGGAAAGAGUGGGAAGAGGCGUUCGCUGCAGCAGCAGUUGCGCAGGCAGCGUGUGGUGCGGCGCAAGCGGAAGAUCACCACGAAGAUCUCGUCGAGCGUUAGGCAGUCUGCGCAGAAGCUUCUUGCAGCCGCCUCGCGUUCUGCCCAGAAGCUGCCCCACUCCCGCUCCCGCCACAUAAGCCCUGAUAGCGGACACAACUCCACCAGCGACUGCGAGCUGGAGGAGGAGCUGGGCUUAAGAGCAGGAACGGGUCUGGAACUGGUACUUGGUGGAGAGGAGCUGGAGGCUGCUUGUAAGCUGGAUGCAAUCUGGAUGCAGCCGGAGGCGAGAGACGCGACAAAGCGGCGUUUGAGCUUCUCGCUAAAUGAGGACAGUUGAUGAAAUUACACUAGAAACAAUUUUUUUUUCAAUUAAAUUAAGACUUUUUUUUUGUGGUAUAUGUAAAGAAUAAA